AUGUCGCAAGAGUGCAGCAUUUGCGAAGAUAAAAUAGGCAAGAAAAAACACGGCCUUCAAUGUGUUGGUUUUUGUCGUCUCAUGUACCAUGCCGUCUGCUUGAAACUAUCAGCUGAUCAGCUGGCUGUGUUAAAACAACCAGGAGUUCAUUGGAAAUGUGAACAGUGCCGUGCUCGCGGGGCCAAAAAGGAUAACACAGAAGAUGCUACUCCAGCCUCAAGUACCACAAUUGAAAACAAAAAUGUCAACAAGGAUGAUUAUAAUACUUUAGUGAAUAUAUUGCGAGGCGUUCAGGAUAACUUGAAAUCUUCAAGGCCAGAACAAACUUCCCUGGUAAGUUCUGUUUCUUUUUGUACAAGCAAGAUUGAAGAUUUCGAGAGAAAAUUAGAUUCAUGGAAAGACUACACUAAAAAAACCGAUAUCCUUAUACAAGAAAACAUCGCUAUGAAUUCCAAAUUAUCCACGAUUGAAAACAAAAUUACAGACGUUGAACAGUUUUCGCGAUAA